AUGCCUGCCGUGAAAGGGGAUGGAAUGCGCGGCCUUGCUGUUUUCAUCUCGGAUAUUCGGAAUUGUAAAAGUAAAGAGGCAGAACUGAAACGGAUUAAUCGAGAAUUAGCAAAUAUACGCAGCAAAUUUAAAGGUGAUAAAAUGAUUGAUGGUUAUCAGAAGAAGAAAUAUGUUUGUAAGCUUCUAUUCAUUUUCCUUCUUGGUAAUGAUAUUGAUUUUGGCCAUAUGGAAGCGACUAAUUUAUUAAGUUCAAAUAAAUACACUGAGAAACAAAUUGGUUAUCUUUUUAUUUCGGUACUAAUAAAUAAUAAUUCCGAUUUGAUCAAAUUGAUUAUUCAAUCAAUAAAGAAUGAUCUCCAAUCACGCAAUCCUGUUCAUGUUAAUUUGGCAUUACAAUGCAUUUCAAAUAUUGGUAGUAAGGACAUGGCUGAAGCAUUUGCUCAGGAUUUACCAAAAUUGCUGGUUUCCGGGGACACAACCGAUUUUGUGAAACAAAGCGCAGCAUUAUGCUUGCUGAAAUUGUUCAGGAUAUGCCCGGAUGUUUUACCGCCUAGUGAAUUUUCUUCUCGCAUUGUUCAUCUCUUAAAUGACCAGCAUUUGGGUGUUGUUACAUCAGCUGCCUCUCUAAUCGAAGCACUGUCCAAGAAAUGGCCUGAUGAAUAUAAAGGAUGUAUCUCGCUAGCUAUUUCAAGGUUAAGUCGAGUAAGGGUAAUGCACCUAUCAGAUUAUGCAGAAAUAGCUAUACAACGUUUGGAAAAUCCAUUGCAGAUUGUGACUGCAGGUUACACCGACUUGCAGGACUAUACUUAUUACUUUGUGCCAGCACCUUGGCUUUGUGUGAAAUUAUUGAGAUUACUACAAAAUUAUCCACCACCGGAAGACCCAAGCAACAAGUCUCGUUUAAUGGAAUGUCUAGAAGGAAUUUUGAAUAAAGCCAUGGAUGCUCCAAAGUCGAAAAAGGUGCAACACUCGAAUGCUAAAAACGCAGUGCUCUUUGAAUCAAUUGCUCUGAUCAUCCAUAUGGAUACAGAACCAAGUUUGCUUGUUCGAGCUUGUAAUCAACUAGGCACUUUUCUAUCUCAUCGUGAGACAAAUUUGAGGUAUCUUGCUUUGGAGUCGAUGUGUUUAUUGGCAACAUCAGAAUUUUCACAUGAAGCUGUCAAGAGACAUCAAGAAACCAUCAUAAAUAGUUUGAAAACUGAAAGAGAUGUUUCAGUUCGCCAGCGAGCGGUUGAUUUACUGUACGCCAUGUGUGAUCGAUCAAAUGCUGCAGAAAUUGUUUUCGAAAUGUUAUCAUAUCUUGAAACAGCUGAUUAUUCAAUUCGAGAAGAAAUGGUGCUGAAAGUUGCAAUUUUGGCUGAAAAAUACGCUACAGAUUAUACAUGGUAUGUUGAUGUUAUCUUAAAGUUGAUACGAAUUGCUGGUGAUUACGUAUCCGAAGAGGUUUGGUAUCGUGUUAUUCAAAUUGUUGUCAACAGGGAAGAUGUGCAAGGCUAUGCAGCUAAAACUGUUUUUGAAGCGUUGCAGAGACCAGCUUGUCAUGAAAACAUGGUCAAGGUUGGAGGUUACAUACUGGGAGAAUUUGGAAACUUAAUAGCUGGAGAUGCGCGGUCAAGCCCACCAGUUCAGUUUGAACUUUUACACAGCAAGUAUCAUUUGUGCUCUAUUGCAACAAGAUCCCUUCUGUUAUCAGCUUAUGUUAAAUUUUGCAAUUUGUUUCCAGAAAUCAAAGGAAUGAUUCAGGAGGUUUUUCGGAUGGAUCACAAUUUGCGUAAUCCUGACGCUGAAUUACAGCAGCGUGCCGUAGAAUAUUUGCAGUUAUCAAGAGUUGCUUCUCCAGAUGUUCUCGCAACAAUACUGGAAGAAAUGCCACCUUUCCCAGAGAAAGAAAGCUCUUUGCUCGCGAAAUUGAAAAAAUCGAAACCGCAUGUCGAAGAGCUUGUGAAUCAAGCUGCUGAAAAGAAACAUCGUCCAACUGCAAUGAUGAAUCAUGCAAGUCAGUUGCUAGAUAUCAGUCCUGGUGUGGAAUCCAAGGCUUUGGUAGAUAUAUUUAGUUCUCCAACGGCAGCAAACGGUGUACCGUCGACAAUGGCUUCAACAAAUGGUGAACCUGCUGUAGAUAAUUAUCCAGAUGUUUUAAAGUUUGCGACAAAAAACAGCGGUGUUCUUUACGAAGAUUCAACGAUCCAGAUUGGAUACAAAUUAGAAACUCGGGCUAACCUUGCACGCUUAGGAAUGUUUUAUGGCAAUAAAACGAAUUAUUCAUUUACUGAUUUUAGUCCAAGCCUGUUUUGCUCCGGAAUUCUGAGUAGUCAACUGAUUGCACAGUGCAAAGCAGUAGAUAGUACCAUCACAGGUGGAUCACAAGUGCAACAGUUGAUCAAUUUUGUAUGUGAGCAAGAAUUUCAUCGUUGUCCUCUUCUUCACCUCAUUUUCACUUUUUAUGAUGUUAACAAUAGGCAGCAGUCUUUUGAUAAGACUUUUGCACUUCCCAUUUUCAUCAACAAAUUUUUUGAACCAACUGAUAUGUCCUCAGAACAGUUUUUUACUCGCUGGAAGCAACUUUCUCAAUCAACUCAAGAGAAUCAAAAAAUAUUUCCUGCAAAAUUACCGAUAGAUCGAGAACAAAUCAGAACAAAGCUAAGUGGUUUUGGACCUCGGUUGUUGCAAGAAGUAGAUCCAAAUCCAGAAAAUUACGUUUGUGCUGGAAUAGUCAAUACGAAAAUGCAGCAGAUUGGUACCCUUAUUCGUUUGGAACCGAAUAAACAAGCAAAGAUGUAUCGACUGACUGUGCGGAGUUCGCGUGAUACUGUUGCAAGUCACUUGUGUGAUAUAUUGUCGCAGCAGUUUUGA